AACAAACUGCAAAGCAUAUUCGUAGAUUUUUUGAAGUGAUAGUUAUUUUAGCAUGGUGGUUUGACGUAUCAAUAUACAGUCAAGGUGUCCCGUGCAUAAUUGUGUGUGUGACACAUUGUUGAGUUUAUAUUGUUGAAGGCUGGUGCCUGUGUAACAUAGCAUAACCUCGAAUAUGUCUGAGGAGGUAGUCGAGAAACCUAAUAAAAAUGAUCUACACAGUGAAUUGAUCAAAAAAUUGACCAGUUUGUUGAACAAUGAGAAUACAGAUGAUGCAUUGAUCCUUAUUAACGACGAGCAGUUUUCUGCUUCUCUUGUGGAUUGUUCAUGGGAUCUGAUACCAAUAGCUUCCGGGUAUCUAAACAGUUACAAUAUUAAAAACAAACCGGACUUAUUUCAAUGCUGUGUAACUCUGCUCGAAAAUAUUGCCAGUCGCUGCGAUCCAGCAGAAACACUCUUGGAAUUCAUUGAACAAGCAGAGUGUCUGGAUAACGAUACAAAGUUCUGCACUAUCCUAAGACCAAUUGCCACAUGUUUGAAAAGGCUGGAAGGAUCAAGAGGUAGAUCUCUGGAGUGGUGUAUCAACACAAUAAAGUCUCAUGUCAGCGAAUUACCAGUUCCUGAAAAUCAAAAGCUAGAAGGAGAUGAAAUUGUUCUUCUAGACACUGAUCCAGCUGUGUUUAGAAUUGUUAAUGUUUAUCAGGCAAUUCUACCAUUUUUGAAGUUAUUUAUCUCUGAAGUAUCUCUCUCACAUGGUGAAAUUGUUAUAGCUAAUCAAAGAGAACUCCUUUUGAGUUCUAUGAUCUCUUUGCUUGGCAAACCAUUUUGCUACCUAGAAUUCGAAGAUAAAAAAAGCCUGAGGAGAAUGCUUGCAGAUGAUAUUCUCAAGUGCAUAACUCAUUUGACUGGAAAUCCAUUUCGGUUCUUCGAAUAUGUAGAAAAAAGAAUAAUGCAAGUAUCCAACCCAAAAUCAUUUAAAGAAGACUAUAUAGAAAAGGACUAUUCUUCCACCAAAGAAGCCAAUCAUCUCACAGAUUUAUUCACUCCCACAGACAUGAUUUCUGAUUUAGCAUAUGCUAAUUUUUAUUAUCUUAUCCUUGGAAGUGAUUUACAAUUACCUUGGGUUCCUUGUGUGUAUCAUCCACAUUAUGUACUUCAAAAUUGUCUUUAUUUGUCAUCCUGUUUGUUGAAAAACCCAGAAUAUUUGUUGAUUUUAAAAGGCUUAGCGCUUAUAAAGGCAGCUCUUGUUAGGAUAGACCCUUUUUCGGUUGAUACAGAUGCCUUGGAGUUGAAAAUCUACUCAAAGUUCAUUGAAGAUUUGAGUCAAGUUAUGAUUUACUGUGAUGUUCGUGAACAGAGAGAGAGUUCGUUUGAGGUUUUUAAACUUUAUUUUAGAAUUUUCACUAUGGAAGCCAAAUAUCUACUGAUAAUACAUUUGUAUGAUGUUUUCAAUCACUCAGGACUGCGUAGCUGCCUUACAAGUAUUGUAAAAGAUUCUGUAAUAAAAUGUCUAGAAUCUGAUCCAAUAGAUCCAAGUUUCACAGGCAAACGUAUUUAUGCUUUAUUGGUCAAAGCCUGUAAGAUGCCAUUUUUGAGUUCGUCGGACUUGGUAGAGAUUUCAGAUGAGAUAAUUGGAAGUUUGAAUUUCAUCAGAUUUCUAGUAAUUCGCGAUAAAACAAAUUUAACUGGCGUUUGGAAUUUUACAGCCAAGCUUGAAACAGAUUUCAUACAUCCCCUUCGUGAAGGAUUAAAUAUGUCUCGGGCUCAUUACCAACUCAAGAUAAAAGAUCUUGAAGCACAAGAUAAAUUUAAUAAAUCCCAAACCCAGAAUGAAGCUAGCAAAUCUAAUGACAAAAUUAGUAUUACAGUAGGAGGCAAAACUUUGCCAACUAUGCCGACUAGAGAAAAAAUCAACUUUUGUUUACAAGCUAUGAAUGCCUUUGAUGUAAUGGAAAGCAUUUUGAUCAGGGUAAAUGAAUGCAUUGAACAGCGUCUAUUGAAAUAAACAUCAACUUUCCGCAAUUGUGUUGUUAAUAGAUGUGAAUCUAUGUGUAUUUCUAAAUUUAUGUGCAUGUGUUUUCUAUUCAUGCCAACUGUAAGUGAUUGGUAACUAUUCAUUUUCUGCAAGUGAUGUACUAUCUUCAAGUUAUUCCUCAGAUAUCAAUAAACCUGUAAAUUUUGUAUCUUUCAAUAAACUGUAUCAUAUAUUA